AUGGCCAUGAUUACUGCAGAUGAAACUCCAAGAGAGGAAAGGACCGACGAGCAGGAAAAAUACCAGCUGAUCAAGAAGUUGAAAACGCUCGUUGGAGAGCUGGACGAAGGUUUCGUUGUUGGAGUAUAUCCGCCCGAAGUGUUCCACGACGACCAUGACUUCAUGUUGACUCCCGCACAGCAAGCGAUACUGCACGGGAGAAAAGCGUCUUCAAACCUCACCGCGUACUGGGCCGAUGAUGGCGGGUUCCCUCUCAUCCCCUUUGCCUUCUAUGAUGCAUAUGUUAACCGAUACAAGGUUUGGAUGGCUAUCUUGGAAUGGAAUCAGGCAACUUGCAUCAACUUCAUGGAAGUGUCUACAGGGUACAGUGGCCCGCACCUGAAGAUACAGAGACAUUCUGAUGACUGCAGGUCCUUCAUUGGCAUGGUAUCCACAACUGGUCAAGAUUUUUAUAUAUCUAAGGAAUGCGAGGGUCAGCAUGGCGAGUUGCUGCACUUACUUGGUUACGCAGUCGGAUUUUGGCCAGAGGAGACUCGCUCAGAUCGUAAUUAUUAUGUCCGGAUUAAUGAUAACAACGUUCUGGAACCUGUGGUGGACAACUUCCCCAUUUAUUCUGAUAAUAACUACAGCGUCCCGUUCGACUACUGUUCUAUCAUGUUUCACCAUGAGCGGGCUUUCACGAAUAAUGGCGGAAUAACAAUAGCCACAUUAGACCCCUUAUACCAAGGGGUUCUUGGACAGCGCUCUCAGAUAUCUCACAUGGACAAAUUAUUGGCAAACACUAUGUACCAGUGUACGGACAAGUUGUUGAGCCAGUGUUCGCUGGGGAGUGAUCCUUGUUUGAAUGGUGGAUACCUGGACACAUCAUGUAACUGCGUAUGUCCGGGUGGUACAGGCGGAACCCACUGUGAUACUGUCAAUUCUCCCUACAACGAACAAUGCCUGUCACCAUUAUCAGAGCAUGUCUCUGCCGAAACUACCAUCUCCUCACCAAGUUCUUCAAUUUCACCUACUGAAGUAAAAUUUACCAAGGUCAUCGAGGCCCCGGAAUGCUAUCAAGUAACAGCAAGCUUUACGAGCUUUCAUAUCUACCAGAAGACGAACCAUUAUGUCACGGAUUCCACUCUAAUAAAUAUCUGCUGGUAUGACGGCCUUGAGAUACGAACGGACGACUUGUAUGACGGCACUUG